UUUAAAACCGAUACUUCAGAAACUGGCCGAGGAUUUCGUGUCAGUUAUCGGAUUAAUUGCACGAAUACUGUCUACGGCUAUAGGGGUGUCAUUGAAAGUCCGAACUACCCGGAGCUGUACAACCAUAACGCCAACUGCUCGUGGCGUGUGAGGGCUCCGCGCGGUAACAAUAUAACCAUCGCUUUCUCCCGACUCCUCAUCGAACCGGACCUCAACUGUCAGUUUGAUUACGUGAAGGUCUCUAACUAUAACCCAGUGAUCAAUAAUUUGACACAAAUCGCCAAAUACUGCGGCACUUCUAACCAAUUGCCGCCGCCGUUCAACACCACGUCCAGCGACGCGAUUGUCAACUUUGUUAGCGAUGGUUCUGUCGCUCACAUCGGCUUUCGACUGGAAUGGGUUAGUGUCGGCUGCGGUGGAGAUUUCAUUAACAAACAAACCGGUCAAAUAACAUCACCCAACUAUCCGUACGGCUAUCCACACGACACGGAGUGUCUUUGGCACAUACGGGCGCCCUUUGGUUUCGCUAUUGAGCUCACUAUACAAGUGUUUGAUCUCGAGUCCGGCAACGGCUGUACCUUUGAUUAUAUGAAUGUUUACGGCGGACCCGACCAGACCUCACCAUUACUUCUUAACCAAUGCCAUCGAAUACAGGACCAGAAAGUGGUCACAUCUAUGGGACGCUCGAUGACAAUUAAGUUUAAGAGCGAUUCUUCUGUUACAGGUCGAGGCUUUACGGCUAUGUUUCGAGUGAAGAGCGGCUCAUGUAGUGGUCGAUACACAACAGAGACGGCGACCAUAACGUCACCCAAUUUCCCGAACGCACCGUUCGAUGCAUUAGACGACUGCGAGUUUGUGGUUGAAGUGAACGGUCUUCACGACAUUGAGCUCACAGUCGAAGAUUUGGACAUUCCUUCCGACGUUAACUGCACUCAAAGCUAUUUAGCAAUAUAUGACGGUUUGUCUACUGAAGACCCGACAAUUGCCAGAAUCUGCGGAACUGGUGUUCCGGCGACUAAUAUAUACCGAAGUACUGGUAAUAAAGUUUAUAUCAGAAUGAAAGCCAACGGACAGAGAACUGGAAAAGGAUUCAAAUUAUCGUAUAAAACAAAGUGCGGCGGAAGGAAAGUGUUGAACAGCAAUGAGAUGGGAGAACUCACUUCACCCAACUAUCCGCUGCACUCUGUGGUGAACAUCGCCUGUCACUGGAUUCUAAUCGCCUCUAAGCCCGAAGAGCACAUAACCCUCACAUUCACCCGCAUAGACAUAAGGGAGUCCCAGAACUGUAACGAUUACGUUGAGGUACGGGACGGCGAUUCUGGUGCCGGAAUGGAUUUGGCCGCCUCUCCUCUCAUCGGCAAAUACUGUGGCGACAGAAUACCGGCGCCGAUCACAUCCCAGGGCAACGCUCUCUACAUUACCAACUCGUUUGGCAUAUUUCGGGCCACUUAUGCCACUUCCACCUCAUUCUGUGGCGGAGACAUCACAUCGCAGGAAGGAAUAUUUCAAUCACCAGAUUACCCAAAUAGUUAUCCAUUAGAGAGUGAAUGUAUUUGGAUAAUACGUGCGGCGCCCGGAAAUCGGGUCACAUUUAACUUCAUUUCAUUCAAUUUAGAAGAGAGUGAAUAUUGUAAUACAGAUUACGUUGAGCUCCGGGAACAGGAGUCGAGUGGACCGCUAUUAGGCCGUUAUUGCGGCCGACAGGUGCCCGCAUUAAACUUCACGUCAACGCAUAUUCUUUGGGUAAAGUUCCGAUCGGAUCAGUCGGGAACGGCUCCGGGUUUUCAGGCCUCGUAUGCUUUGGAUCACGGAAUCGAUUUGACCGGCAAUUCGGGACAAAUAGCGAGUCCAGGUUAUCCGCACGACAUUCGCCCCCAAGACUCAGUCUUCUCGUGGACUAUAACUGUUCCGCAAUACAAAUACAUUAGCAUAACGUUUACAGAAUUGGCUCUUCAAACGACUUACACUGAAUGCAGUUCUUAUGUCUCACUCUUGGAUGGUAUCGGAGAAUCGGCCCCAGAAUUGGGUCGUUAUUGCGGUUACAAUAUUCCGGACGCCGUCUCCAGCAAUGGGAACGCAAUGACAGUUAACUUUGUGAUGACAACAGGAAUGCCGGGAAAGUUCUUCCUGUUGUGGAACGCCGUCAACGAAACGGUGGCCUUAUCUUUGAGGAAACCAGUGGUCACACCCGUCGGCAACACAUCGUUUGAUAUAAUACUCAACAAGAACUCUACGUAUAGACUGACGAGUCCCGGAUAUCCCAACGUACACGGUUCCAGUGGUUACAUAUCCACCGACGACGUGACCAAUGAAAUAAAGUGCGAAUGGAUUAUCAAAGCGAGACACGACCGGACCAUUCAGUUGACGUUUGAGUCGCUCAACAUCGCCGACAACGGCAACUGUCAGUACUCAUACAUACUGUUGAAAAAUGGUGGCCGCAAACGGUCGCCCCCUUUGGGCGGCGGUCGCUAUUGCGGCCAAACUAUACCCACGAUUCCCGAGAGUUCGUCUGAUAUGAUUCGCGUCGAGUUCUACGCCCGAAGAGAUUUACAUGCGGACUUCCGUUUGCGAUACAACGAAGUGUCUGUCGGUUGCGGCGAUCACAUCGAGUUAACCGCCAGUAACUCCAGUGUCAACAUCUCGUCACCAAACUAUCCGCAACAACCGCCCCAUCGAGUGGAGUGCGAUUGGGUUAUCAUGAGUCCCGUCAACACAAACAUUAGAUUUGAUUUCGUCUUUCAACAGAUGCCGAUGCGAUGCAAUAAGACAACAGAGUUUGUAGAGAUAAGAGACGGCGGGACCGGUGUCUCAACGCUGAUCGACAAAUACUGUGUUCCGCCCACUCUUUCCAAUACAAUCCGAAGUUCAGGCAAUUAUAUAUUCGUCCGAUUCGUUACGUCUAACGCAGAAAAUUUAGCCAAUUUUAAGGCAAACGUAAGGAUAAGCGAUUGCGGCGGCACUUAUUUAGCGGCCUAUUCUCUCAGCCAACUAAGUCUUCCCAAUUAUCCCAACAAUUAUACCGAUAAUAUGCAAUGCAAUUACUAUUUGCGUUCAUAUUAUGCCAGCUCUUACCACGAGAUAAACAUCACUGCUAUGGAUAUUGUAGCCAAUUCUGACUGUUCUAUAGGCGAUUACGUCGAGUUUCGAGAAGAGGGUCCGACCGGAGAACUCAUUGGACGAUAUUGUGGUUCAAAUGAAGAAAACACAACCAUUUCUCUUAAAUCAAAGAAAAAUAUCGUUUAUAUAUCAUUCAAAAGCGACAUUUCAAGGACCGGAAGGGGAUGUGGUAAUACUAUUGAAAACGCGGCUAAUAAAGGGGUGCUAACGAGUCCUAACUACCCAAACUCUGUAUCGGAAUACAGUUACUGUGUGUGGUAUGUGUUCGCACCGCCCGGUCGUAGUUUGAAACUUACAUUUUUGGAUUACAAUCUCAAAGUGAAUCCCAGAAAUACAAGCAUUUGUUUGGAUACUAUAAAAAUAUAUAGAGGCAGCUAUUAUUCAUCUCAAGCCUUACUUCCCUGCGGAGCGGUUAUACCCGAACCCAUACAAACUCAGAGCCAUGUGUUAUGUAUUUUGUUUUAUUCCUCUGGUUUGGCCGCCGGAGAGGGCUUUCGAGUCGAAUACAGCGCUGAUGAAGAAGAAUUUUGCGGAGGAGUACUAUCGGGAACCGCGGGUUCAAUCAGUUCCUAUAGAUUCGGUGAAACCAAUUUCACGGAUCAGAUCGACUGCGUGUGGGAUAUAAACGUGCCGUCCAAUAGCCCUAACUAUACGGUGGCCUUUCGUUUCGAUGUGUUUGAAAUCCCGGCCUCCGCUUACUGUGUGAACAGUUCACUUCGCUUUGAACACUACAACAUUCGGUAUCGAUAUUAUUAUCACUAUUAUAAUAAGUAUUGCGGAAAUAACACACAAAAUGGGAAAAAGUUUGAGUUUUUUGCGCCGAAUCGAGCGGAAACGAACCUAGGUUAUCCAAAAUUAUUCCUCACCACUAACUAUACGAACGGUUAUCGAGGAAUUAGUGGCAAAUAUUUCAUCCAAGAAUGCGGCGGAUUCUUUAGGAACCCGGACGGCGAGUACGUGUCACCCAAUUAUCCCGAUAGUUAUCCCAUCGACUCGUACUGUGUUUGGGAGUUUGUGGUCGAUUGGGGUCAACAGUUGAUCAUCACAUUCACUGAUUUCAAUUUGGGAACCGAUUGCGAACUCGAUUACGUCCAGAUUCAACAGGGCUUUUGGUCGGACUCACCCACAACUGACAAGUAUUGCGGCUCUACAGCGGCUCAAGAGAUACACUCAUCGGUGGGUAAAAUAAAGGUGAUGUUCAAAGGGACGGCAACCAAUCGGCCCUCAACUGGCUAUCGGUUCAAAAUGUAUGUCCGGAAGGAAGAGCACGGAUGCGGAGGACUACUCAUGAAUCCGAUGGGAAAUAUUCAUUCAUUGAAAUACCCGACCCGUUAUGACCACAACGUGGAGUGUGUAUGGAAUCUGCAAAUGCAUGUCAGUUAUCACAUAAACUUCACUUUCGUCGACCGAUUCGACAUCGAAAAGACAGAUAAUUGCGAUAAGGAUUACAUCCUAUUCGAGGAACAGCUCGACGCCGAAGACGACACUAAUUGGUCACAGAUUGGCAAAUAUUGCGGUACAGACCGACCGCAACCAUUCAAGUCUCGCACUAACAAAGUUCGCGUCACUUUCCACACCAACGACAAUAUCAAUGGCGACGGCUUUAAACUCAUGUAUCAAAUAGCGUGCGGAGAGGUGUUCACGGCAUCCACCGGUGUCUUCACGAGUCCUAAUUAUCCCAAUGAUUACAAUAAUAUGAUUCGCUGUGAAUAUCUUAUUCUUCGCACUCCUAAAGACUAUAUACGGCUCGAGUUUGACGACGACUUUGAUGUGGAAACGGGUCAUAUGUGCCGUUGGGAUGCCGUCGAUAUCUAUUUGGGCAAUAAUACCGGCGCUACACAUAUGGGAACGUACUGUGGGGUAGAGAAGCCUCCCAUUAUCACAUCAAACGCCGCCCUUUUGGUCACUUUCAGAAGUGACAGCAGUUAUGUGAGAAAAGGCUUUAAAGCCUCGUUUUCGGUCACAUCUUGUGGCGGAAACUAUACGGACGACACGGGUUUCAUAUAUAACCCACCGGUGCGUCGAUAUAAUUACAUGAACUGUGUUUGGUAUAUAACGGUUGCCGAGAAUCGGGUCAUUGAACUGGUGUUCAACCGUAUAAAUAUGCUCAACAAUUAUAACUGUUAUUAUAACGGUCUGGAGAUUAGGGAUGGCGUGAACAGCACUGCGCCCCUAAUCGGCAGGUAUUGCCAAACAAUACGAGACACCGGCGCUAUUGUGAAGUCGUCUGGCAAUCAAUUGCGGAUCACGUAUCGCACGGAUGGCUAUUAUUACCAUGAUAAUAUCGAGGAUUUGGGUUUCAGACUCGCCUACAGAACCACUCUGGGAGAGGAUCAGGGAUGCGGUGGUGUCUUCCACAACAUCUCCAUGGGUUCCAUCGAAUCGCCAGACAUAGAUAACGACGGCAAGUAUGAGUUGGACGUCAACUGUUGGUAUCACUUCAUUUUGCCCGAAGACAAAGUGGUGAAGAUUACGUUCAGCAAACUGGACAUCGAAGAGAGUCCAACCAAUGGCACCAAAUGUGCCUUUGAUUUUGUCGAAGUGAGAGAUGGUUUGUCGCAUACGAGCGCUUUAGUCGAUCGCUUCUGCGGCACAACUAUUCCCAGUCCUAUCAUUGGGUCGACUAAUAAAAUGGCGGUUCAGUUCUUCUCCGACGGCAAAGAAGCGAAGACCGGAUUUAAGGCUCAGUUUGAGGCCAUCGAUAAACUGUGCGGUGGAUUUAUAAAUGUAACAAAUGUGACGCAAACUCUCUCAUCACUCAAUUACCCGACAGGAUAUCCGACGGGUUUGCGGUGCAAAUGGCACUUCACUUUUGAACGUAAUUAUUACUCUUACUGGUCGACCACUAUUCGCAUCAAAUUCACUGAUUUGGAUAUCAAUUGCAAUAAUAAUGAUUACAUUGAGUUCAGUGCCGACACUUACACCAGUCAUAGGAUAGAGCCGUAUAGGAUGUGCGGCACUCGAGCGCCGCCCGCUAUUGUCGCCAAAAGAGGUCUAUGGAUGACAUUUGUGACGAAUACAGUGCCAGCCGUUAACCAUAAGGGCUUUUCGCUGAACUACACGUUCGCCGCUUGCAAUCAGACUUAUAACGAAGACUCGGGACUAAUAAUUAACACUAGAUAUCCGGACUAUUCAUACGUUUACAGUUACACCCGAUUGUGUCAAAUGAAUAUCACGGCAAAAGUCGGUCACACUAUUGCUCUGUAUUUCAAUGAUUUCCGUAUAUAUCGGUCGACGAACCGAAUCGGUUGUUAUUACGGAAAUAUGACUAUUAAAGACGGUUUGGCCGACACUUCGCCGGAGCUGAAGGUGUUGUGCGGCGACACUCUUCCCGAUCCCAUAUUUUCAUCGGGCAAUCAAUUGUCGAUAAAAUUGUUGGGCUAUAGCGCCAAGUUCUUCAUCACAUACACCACUACCGCUGCCGGUCGUGGCUGUGGCGGAAACUUAACGUCAUUUAACGGCACGUUUACGAGUCCUUUAUAUCCGUCGGCGUAUAACGUGAGCGGCGUUUGCAAAUGGUUUGUCCACUCUUUUGGUUUGCAUUCACUGACCCUACGAUUCACAUCACUGUCCCUCUCGUCCACUAUUGGCUGUCAAACAAACUAUAUUGAAGUCUAUGAGGGAAAGGAAGAUCUGCCCACUAAUCGUAUUAUCCGUAUUUGCGGUGAUGACAAUCCGGCGCCCAUUCAAAGCCAGGGAAACUUAUUACUCGUGAAAUUAGUGACAAAUGCCAACAAUACUUCGCCCGGAUUUAGAGCCCAGUAUAGCUUCAAUAGUCAGGAAAUGAAUGCAACGAAACAGAUAAUGACAUCAAACCUGAGGCCACACAUCACUUCAGACGGUUCCGUGUAUUUCCCAACGGAUGGCAUACUCUUUAGACAUAAUAAUUGAAAACAUUUCUAAUGUAUUGUUAUUUCGAUGAAUAAAUAUUUAAUUUGUAUUUUGUUUUCUUGAAAAAUAAAAUUAACUUCAAUUCACAA